ACCACCCCGACUUGGCAACUAUUGCAAGCCCAGAAAAAUAGAGAAGGUUAGUGUCAGGAAGGGCAUCUGGCUCUGUGUGUUUGCAACAUGUUAAACUAGAAAGAGAUUAUUAGAAAGAAUGCAACCAACUAAUGGUCAAAGCCUCUUCUUUAUUUGCCUAUAAUAAACCCCCACCUCUAUUAACAAUGGGAGAGUCCAAGCUUUAUUUAUUUCAGAGAAAUCCUUCCUUCCUUCUCAGUCACAUGUGCCUGAGACGCUCUGCUUUUGGAAAGUUAUCUGGAGGCUGGUGUGCCAAGAAGAGCGAGCUCUUCGGUGUUCAGAAUGGAUUUUGAGGUCUAUAGGAUCAUGUUGCAGAAUGCAUGGGAAACUAUCCCUGAAGAGCCAAUGGUAUUUGAUGAUGAGAACUCAACUGAACAGGAAGUGCCUUAUGAAUUCAAUGGGAAAAUGAAAGAAAAUGCAACUUUGGAUUAUAUGUCUCCAUCAGAGAGUAGUGAGACUACAUUUUCAGAAAGCAGUACUACCCUGACAUCCCAGGAUGAACAAGAAGAAGAUGGUAGAGCUGUUCCUACAUCAAAUAGAAAAAGAAAUAGGCAGAAGCUGUUGCGACAAAGGAAGAGGAGGAAUCGUGAAAGUCACCUGAUUUCAGGGGUUAAUCUGCAAAAUUUUAUGCAGACAAUGUUAAGCACAAUCACAGCUCAGAAGGAGGCUACAAGGGAAAUAAAAGAUCAGCUAACAGCACUGAAAGAACAAAUUCAGUCUCAGAUCAUCAUACAGCAGGAUUCAACCAGAAAAAUCUUUCAGUAUUUGUUACGAAUGGUGGAGGGUGAGAAGCAUCAAGAAAACAAUGCUAGCCGGGACGAAAUUCAGUCAUCGCUUGAUAAGAAAAAACAAUGCAUCCAAAGCCUGCACACAGACCUCCGUAAACUUGUGACUGAGUUUCAUAAGCAGAAGCUUGAAAUGAAAAUGAGUUCGGUCAAGCUGACAAACUGCAUCAUGGAGAAGAAAGAGCUGGAAAGAUUGCUUACAGUGGCAAAAGAAGAAACACAUUUUUAUUGGGAAGAAUAUGUGCGUCUGAGGAAGCAGCACCUGGAACUGCUGUCCAAAGUAAGAAGCAAAGCUUUCAAGAAAAAAUAUGUAAAUAGAAGACUGUGUGUCAUUUCUGAGGCUAGCAAACUUCUUGCAAGAACUCUUGCAGAAAUCAAGAAAGUUAUUAGUAGGAACCCCAGAGUAUCAAAGAAACUUUUCUAAUGCCACUGGAUCUUAGCCACUAACUGACCAUGUCUAGAUAGGCCUGCAUUUCAGUCUUCAUUUAUGAUCCCUUAUGGCCACUGUACUUUUAAGCCAAGUUUUUAUUACGUUUACUUUCAUUGAGGUUCAAUAUUUUUUCAAACAAGCAAGCACAUAUGAAUGCUUAGACAACAGUUGCCGUUUGUAAAUUAAGUUAAGCUGUAAGUGACUCUUGUUAAAGUUGUUGAGUUUCCAUUUAUACAUUUCUGUAAAACAAAUAACUGUUUAAUGAGUUAAAAGGA